AUGUGGAGAUUUCAGGCACGCAGGCUGAGUGGAUUCGUCUCUGCUUUGGCAGCUCUUUGUCUCGCCUGCUGCGCCCAAAGCCCGGCCACUGGGAAUAUAUCGGUGGUUAAAGACAUUGUGGACAAACUGCUGAAAGGGUACGAUGUCCGUCUCCGGCCUGACUUUGGAGGUAACCCUGUUACUGUUGGAAUGAGCAUCCAUAUUUCAAGCAUUGAUCAGAUUUCUGAAGUGAAUAUGGACUAUACCAUCACCAUGUAUUUCCAGCAAAGUUGGCGAGAUAAGCGCCUAGCAUAUAGUGAUCUAGCUCUGAAUCUCACCCUGGAUAAUCGGGUAGCUGACCAGCUGUGGCUCCCUGACACUUACUUCCUGAAUGACAAGAAGUCCUUCCUGCAUGGGGUGACAGUCAAGAAUCGGAUGAUCCGGCUUCACCCAGAUGGGACUGUUCUUUACGGGUUGAGGUGAGUCCAGAACAGAGCAUUCAAACUGAACUCUGCCUCCUAGGUUCUAGUAAAAUGAGGAGAAAGCUGGCUUUUGUGUGGGGUGUAUGUAGUGUUUAUUGUA